AUGGAUCGGUUUGUUAUCAAGAAACCAAAAAAAGCCAACACCUCAGUCUCGGUGGUUAACACUGUGCCUGAGCAUGUUGCUGCUAAAAGUGCAGAAGAAGAUAUUUCUGUUGGUUCCGAUCAGUGCAGUUUACACUCAGAAAAUGUACCAAUUGAUGACGUAGUGUGUAGCAGUGUAUUACAAGCUUCAAGUCUUGAUGAAGCUGAGGAUGUUAUUUUUUUUAGUUCAGAACAGAGCUCAUAUUCAAAGCCAUCAGACAUACAAACUGAUGAACCAGAACCAAUGUGUAGUUCCAGUGAGUGCCAAGCAGCAGGUCAUGACCAAACAGAAGACCUUACAUAUUUUAGUUCAGGUCUUUCAAGUCAGAGUACUUCAUAUUCAAAAAAGCAAUCAAACAUAGCAGCUGAUGAUCCAGUCUGUAGUAUUCCCCAAAACAGAUUUGAACGCCAGAAUCGAGUAGCUAGAGGCCCCUAUCAGCCAAAACUGAGCAUGUUUCCGAGAACUAAAAUAGGGAAUAAAGAAAGAAAUUUUCAGAGUGAUUGGUAUGGAAAAUACAGGUGGCUCGAAUACAGUCCAGCAAAAGAUGCAGCAUUUUGUUUCUACUGCCGUUGCUUUUCUUCUAAUGAUGCAACACAAAAAGGUCACGCUGAUCCAGCCUUUAUUGAAAAGGGAUUCAGAAACUGGCACAGGGCUAAUGAAUGUUUUAAAACUCACCAACAAUCAAAAUCUCAUAUGCUGAGCACUUCUGCGUGGUCAAGCUUUAGUGAAGGAAAACAUAUUGAUGUGUUACUAGAUGAGAGCAAGAAAGUUUAUCUGUCAAAAAAAGAAGAAGAAAGGUGCAAGAACAGAAAUCUUAUGAAGCGACUGAUUGACAUUGUUCGGUGUUUGGGAACAGGUGGCAGACCAUUUCGAGGCCACAAUGAAAAAGCCGAUAGCCACGAGAGAGGUUUAUUUCUAAAUAUUGUCAAGCUACUAGAAAAAUAUGAUCCUGUCAUGCAAAGACAUUUGCAAGAAUCUCCUCGAAAUGCUACAUAUCUGAGUAACCGCAUCCAGAAUGAUUUAAUUAUGGCCUUACAUAAUAUUGUGCAACAAAAAAUUGUGUCAGCAAUAAAUGGAAAAAUGAUCUCAAUAAUUGCAGAUGAUACUGCUGACUGUGGACACCAUGAACAGAUGUCUGUUGUAGUACGAUAUUUUAAUAAUGAACAGCAAAGUCCAGUUGAGCAUUUUGUUUCAAUUCAAAGGCUUUUAAAAGUUGAUGCUCAGUCGAUUUUUGACCAAAUAAAUAAUGUUCUUGAAAUUAUUAAAACCGACUGGUCAUCGGUGAUCUCUGUGUGCUUUGAUGGAGCAUCUACUAUGUCUGGGUGCACUGCAGGUGUUCAGAUGAAAUGUAAAGAAAAAAACCAUGAAAUACUCUAUGUACACUGCUAUGCACAUUGUUUAAACCUUGUCCUAGUUGAUGCAUGCACCUCAAGUAGACAAAACAGAACAGUGUUUGACUUCUUUGGCAUUAUCCAGACUCUUUAUGCCUUCAUGGAGGGAAGUCCUGUGAGACAUGCUGUAAUGGAGAAGAUUUCUCAAGAAGUAGGAACUCAGCUGAAGACUCUAAAGUCACUGUCAAACACAAGGUGGGCAUGCAGAGCAGAAGCAGUGGCUGCAGUAAAAGAAAACUUCUCGGUUAUUUUACAGGCCUUAAAUGAGAUCAUUGAAUCAAGUCGCUUAGCUGAUGCUAAAAUAAAAGCAAGAGGUCUUAUUUGUGAAUUAAAUUCUUUCAAGUUUAUCUUUGCUCUGCACAUGAUGCACCCUAUUCUCCAAAUGGUGGUAAAAGUUAGCAAGACUCUGCAAGCAUCAAAUCUCAACUUGCUUACUGCAAUGACAGUGGUGAAAAGCCUGCGCAACUCCUUGGUUUCCAUGAGAAGUGAAACAGAUUAUUUUCAGUCCAUUUUCCAUGACUGUGAAAAAAAGUGUGCCGAAAAUAACAUCGCCAUUCCCCCAGUUAGGAAGAGAAAACCUUCUGUCCUUCUUGAUGAAGCAGCAGCACAGUCUCAGUAUCACUAUGAAACAAAAGAGGAGCAGGAGAGGAUAACUUCAUUUUACCCACUAUUGGAUUCAUUGAUAACUGGUAUUGACCAGCGAUUUGAACAGGAGUCGUGUGAUAUUGUAACAGCAGUAGGAAAACUGCUAAACUUGGAGAUUCCUAAAGGUGACAUACAAAUCCUUGCCAACAAAUUUAAGGUGUCAGUGGAUGAAUUGGAAGCAGAAGCCAAACUGCUAAGGGAGUAUGAUGGACCUACUCCUAAAGGUUGCACCACAAAUACCAUCAAAGAGUGGCUUGAUUGGUUUAAAGAAUCAGAUUGA